AUGGGCAAUUCUAUGACUCAGUCGUCUACCCCCAGUGAAGAUAUCCCUGCAAAAUGUUGCGAGAUCCAUAGCCCGCCCAGUUCGACCCACAAGAUUAACACACCAGAAACAUCAACGGCUCCAUCUCCCUCAAUUAUUCUCAAACCUCGUCCAUCUCCACUUACGCACCUCGACAAUCAGGCAGGGUCCGAGAUCACGGAUCCACAAGACAUGGACAACUGGUUCACUCCCUUGUCGUCUCCCAAGGAAGAUAUCCCUGCAAAAUCGCACGACAUACACAGUCCGUCCAGUUCGAGGACUCUAAUGUCGUCUCCCAAGGAAGAUAUCCAUAGAUGGAAUGAUAUCCAGAGUCCGUCUGACACGCUCCUGAUUGAUCCACAAAACCAGUGGCUCCUACAGGAGAUCCUACGUUAUGGAGAUUUAGCACAUGCCAUGAGCAUAGCUUUCAAACUGGGCUCAUACUGUGGGAAUUGUCAACACCAUCUGGGGAUGCUUUUGAAAGAAAUACGCCUCAACAAGCAUGGUUACGAAGUGACCAAAUUUAUCUAUGCCCAUCUUGGUUCGUCUGGUUCGAUGGGUAAUGGGGGAGGCGCUCAGAGAGAUGAUUCAAAUUUGAUUGGCUACGUAGCGGUCAGCAAUGAAGUUGAAUUGCAUCGGAUUGGACGUAGGGACAUUGCCGUUGCAUGGCGUGGGACCAAAACAUGGUCGGAGGUUCGUAAAGUUAUUAAAACCAAUCUUGUACACAUUGACGAUGAUGAUGUGAUGGUGUCAGGUGAGUUCAAUAGCAUCUACACAUCCAAGACUGACUCAUCCAUAUACAACAAGUUAAGUGCAUCAGAACAAGUGAUGGGAGAAGUGAGAAGGCUUGUGGAGUUGUACAAAGAUAAGGGUGAAGAGGUAGGCCUCACCAUCACUGGCCACAGCCUAGGUGGGGCCCUAGCUCUCCUCAAUGCUUACGAGGCUGCCUCCUCCCUUCCCCACCUCUCGAUCUGUGUUGUCUCUUUCGGGGCCCCACAAGUCGGUAAUGGGCCAUUUAGAGACAAGCUCAAACAAAUGGAAGUGAAAACAAUCCGGGUGGUGAUUGAGAAAGAUAUCGUCCCGAUGUUGCCUGGGAGACUUGUCAAUGAGAACGUAUACAAAUGGAUGUUCAAAUUAGUGGGGCAGGAGAACUUUCUGUUCAAACAUGUGGGAAAGAAAUUGACGCUGGAUGCAGAUGGAUUUAACAUGCCGGAAGCACAUAACCUAAAGACAUACCUUUCUCAUCUGAACAGUUCCGAUGGUUCAGCCUCCGAGCUUCCAUGUGGAUGCUCGUCCUGA